UAUAUAUCAUUUAUAUAAUAAUGAAUUGUUUGCAAACAUAUCGACAAAUUAAUUACAUUUCACGACAUCUUGUCGUUUAUCGGCAAAGUCUUUAUGUCGGACAGUGUCGACAAUUAUCACUAUCAUUGUCACGAAAUGCCAAACUAUGUACCGAUGUCUUCGAGGCCAUCAAAGACAUAAAAGACGGUUCAAGAAUAUUUGUGGGCGGCUUUGGUCUCUGCGGAGUUCCCGAGAACUGUAUCGCAGCGCUGGUCAAGAGUGGUGUCAAAGACUUGACACUUGUCAGCAACAAUGCCGGCGUCGAAGACUUUGGUCUCGGUUUACUGUUACGCACCAAACAAGUCAAACGAAUGAUAUCGUCAUAUGUCGGCGAAAACAAAGACUUUGCCAAUCAGUAUCUGUCCGGCGAUCUCGAGCUCGAGUUUGUACCGCAGGGAACACUAGCCGAAAGAAUUCGGGCCAAAGCUGCCGGUAUUCCCGCUUUUUAUACGCCAACCGGCUAUCAAACACUGAUUCAGUUGGGCGGCGCUCCUGUAAAGUACAAUAAAGACAAAAGUGUUGCCAUCGAGAGUAAACCGAAAGAGACUAAAAUAUUUGAUGGAAAACAUUAUGUCUUAGAAGAAGCAUUGAGUGCCGACUUUGCAUUAGUAAAGGCCUGGAAGGCCGAUACGGCCGGUAAUCUGGUUUUCCGUAAGACUGCUUCCAACUUUAAUCCCGUUAUGUGCAAAGCGGCCGAAGUGUCCAUCGUUGAAGUCGAAGAGAUCGUAGAUGUUGGCGAAUUGCCGGCCGAUCAGAUCCAUGUGCCGGCUAUUUAUGUGAACAAGUUUUUCAAAGGCAAACAAUUUAUUAAGAAAAUUGAGAAAACUGUUGUGAAAAAGUCAAAGACCGAAAAUUUGGCCAACAAUUUGGACGCAAAAAAGUUGAAAGCCAUACAAACACGCGAAGUGAUUGCCAAAAGAGCUGCUCUCGAAUUAAAAGACGGAAUGUUUGUCAAUCUCGGUGUUGGUAUACCAGUGUUGGUCACACAAUACUGUUCCGAUAAAGUGGUAUUUCAUAGCGAAAAUGGGAUUUUAGGUAUGGGUCCCUAUCCUGAGCCAAACGAAGUGGACGCCGAUUUGAUAAAUGCCGGCAAAGAAACGGUAACCACAUUACCCGGAUCGUCGUUUUUCGGUUCGGACGAGUCUUUUGCCAUAAUACGCGGCGGACAUCUCAAUGUGACAAUGUUGGGAGCCAUGCAGGUGUCCGAAAAAGGAGAUUUAGCCAAUUGGAUGAUUCCGGGAAGUCUUGUUAAGGGUAUGGGUGGAGCCAUGGAUCUGGUAUUUUCGCAUUACUCGGGCACCCGUGUCAUCAUCACAAUGGAACACAAUGACAAAAAUGGCGGUUCGAAAAUUGUGGCCAACUGUUCGCUGCCCAUUACCGGUGCCCAAUGUGUCGACACCAUUAUCACUGAAAAAGCUGUCUUCAAUGUGGACAACGGUCUGGAACUCAUAGAGAUUGCCGACAAUUUGACAGUCGAUGAGCUCCGCAAGUGUACGGCCGCGGCAUUCAGGGUAUCGCCUAAUUUGAAAUCAAUUCAACAGAUUCUGUGAUUUUGUAUUUCUAAUGUAUAAAAAAAUUUAAUAAUUGUUAUGACAUUUGAUGUUU